AUGUCAACACCAGUUCAAGAAAGCGAUCCCCCACCUGUGGAGGCGAAGGCUUCGGGGGAUCAACAGGAGCAGAAAAAUGCCACAGCCUCCCAACCGAAGCAGAACCAUCGUCAUCGCCGUCGUUCCAACACUAAAGGUGAAGCGGAUGGUGUAGAUUCAUCACGUAGCGCAAGUCGAACAAACAGUCAAUCGGGAAAUAAAGAUAAACCACGUCGCAAAGAUUGGACAGAAAGGAAGAGCCUAAGCCAGGGUGGCAAGGGCGAUGGAGAGAAUAAGAAUAACCAACAACAAAAGGAUAAGGAUGCUGCUCAUAAGCGAACAAGAAGCUCUAAUUGUUAG